AUGCACUACUACAUCGCUGGUUCCGGGCCUCCUCUCCUCCUCAUACACGGCACCCCAAAGACGAAUUACUACUGGCAAAAGCUCGUCCCGCUACUAACACCAUACUUCACAGUCGUUGCGCCAGAUGUGCGAGGCUUCGGGUAUACCGACAGACCGCCUGCAGCGAUGAGAUACAACAACACGGCGCAGGCGGCGGAUAUGGCGGGAUUGAUGAGUUUGUUGGGAUUUGAGAGAUUUACCGUGCAUGGAGAGGACCGCGGUGCUGAGUACGCCUACGCAGUAGCAGCAAUUUAUCGGGAUCGAGUGAUGAAACUCUCGUUUUGCGAAAUGCUUCUGUCGGGUGUAUCGCUCGACACGUGGUCCUACUUCACGCCCGAGAACGUGAACGCGCAGUAUGAGCUACGCGGCGUAUGGCAGUGGCACAUUCCCUUCCUCUGGAUUGCCAACGUCCCCGAAAUGCUCAUCACAGGCAAAGAAGCGGAGUUCUGGACGUACUUCAUGGAGGCAGAAUGCUACAACCCCAUUUCUAUCAGCAGAGAAGCGAUUACCGAGUGGAUUGAUUCCAUCAAAGCGCCGGGUGGCUUGAGAGGCGUUCUGGAAACGUAUAGAGCAGACUUGGUGAACCGACAAAUCAACAACGAACUUCGGCAGAACCCGCUUACGCUGCCCGUGAUGACAAUCGGAGCACCGGAAUUCUUUGGGGUUAAUGUGAGGGAGGAAAUGCUGCAGGUAGGGAACAAUGUCCAGCAGAGCUAUAUCUUCGAGGAGUGUGGGCAUAGUCUGGCGUUGGAGGCUGAAGUGCGGCUGGCAGGUGCGCUUGUGGGAUUCUUUUUGGGAAAUGGGAGCGACAAUUCAUCGACUGCGACAUCGACAAUUGCGAGCUCGACAGCGACUCAAUAG